AUGUCUCCCAAGACAGCUACUAUUGGCUCUGGCGCCUCGGCCACUACCAUCGGCAAGAUCGGGCACGGUCUCAUGAUGAUGACGUGGCGCGCCGAAGACCGCCCACUCGCUGACGAAGACGCGUUCGAGGCGAUCAAGGCCGGCGUCGACGCCAUGCCCGCCGGCGUGAAGAUGCUCCUCAACAGCGGGCACUUCUAUGGCCCGAACCUGGGCCCUGCGAACCUGCAACUCCUCGCGCGUUUCUACGCCAAGUACCCCGAGUACGCGGACAGGACCUUCAUUUCCGUCAAGGGCGGCCUGAAACCCGGGCACAUGGUGCCCGACUCCUCCGCUGAGAACCUCCGGGCUGGGGUGCUGGAUAUCAACGUGCAGCUCGGCGGGACGAAGAAGAUGGACCUGUUCGAGUGUGCGCGGGUUCCCCCCGACGUCCCGCUCGAGGACGCGCUUGCCACCCUCAUCGCGUUGAAGAACGAGGGUCACUUCCAGCACAUUGGCAUGUCUGAGUGCAGUGCUGCGACUCUGCGCAAGGCGCAUGCGAUCACGCCGAUCAGCAUUGUGGAGAUCGAGGUCAGCUUGUGGUCUUACGAGGAAGAGACUAAGAAGGUUAUCGCCACGGCCAAGGAGCUCGGGAUCGUCGUCGCCGCGUACUCUCCCCUCGGGCGUGGCUUCCUCACCGGGACCAUCACGAGCCCAGCCGACCUGUCCGAGAAAGACAUGCGCCGCAUGUUGACCCGCUUCCAGGAGGCCGAGCUCGCGCACAACACCGCGCUCGUUGACGCCGCCAAGGCGCUCGCAGCGCGCAAGGGUGUCACCCCUGCGCAGCUCGCGCUCGCCUGGGUCUCGUCCCUCGGCGACCACGUCGUCCCCAUCCCCGGCUCGUCGGUCAAGACGCGCAACCUCGAGAACCUGGCCGCGGCGGAUAUCACGCUGACCGCCGCCGAGCUCACGGAGAUUGGCCAGAUCCUGGCGAGCACGCCCGUUCAGGGCGGGCGUUACGUGGAUCAUUUGCCCGCGCAGGUCUUGAACCUCUGGGGAUGA